AUGUCGCUUGCUCCACUCUCCGUGCCUGAGCACAAAUCCUCUCAGCCCAAUAGCAACCAGUUGGGUUCAAAUAAUCCAUUUCGCAACCGUACUCUUCCUUCGAGCACCUCCCCUGUUUCCCCCAACUUUCGACCAGAGCGACCUCGCUCGACGAAUCCUUUCUUGGAUACUACCGAGAUGAUGUCUCCUCAAUCUGCUCCAGCUGGCGCUGUGUUGUCGCCCUCGAGUGAUAAGCACCCCUUCGCUGGCAACACUGCUGAACUAUUUGAAAAUCUUACGCUCGAUUCCAAACCCAAAGAACGUCGACCUGCACCUCCACGCCCUGAUAAACCUUCUUCUUCCUCCAGACCUCGUCAAGAGAUCCGAGAUCGGGAACGGCACCGGGAUCCGUCGAGGGACAAAAGACGGGAGGAGGAUCCGUUCGAUAUUUUUGCCGAUCCUCCAAAGAAGAAGGAAUCUCGGUCUUCGCGACCUCGUGACGGGCGUCCCCCUCGCCCUCGUCGAAACUCCGAAUCCUCUAUCAUGGAAAAGCCAAAGGCGAUAGAUUCAGAGGAAGAGAGGCGUCGACGCGAAAGACGCCAUCGCGAAGGAAAGAGUCGGUCAAAGCGUACGCCCGGCUACCGACUAGAUGUGAUUGACAAACUUGAUGUGACCUCGAUCUUCGGAACAGGAGUUUUUCACCACGAUGGUCCCUUCGACGCUUGCAAUCCUAACCGCAACAGAAAGGGAUCGCGACAGGCGCCGAUGCAAGCAUUUCCUAAGGACUCUAAGAAUAUGGCUCUUGGUGGUUCAGGCCCUAUUAACUCAAGCCUCAAUUUGGAAUUGAUCCACGGCCAUACAUCUGAAGGAUACUUGGAUUAUUCGGCGACUGCAGUCUCUAGAAAGGGCGAUGCAGCAUUUGAUUCGGCGAAAGCCGAAGUCAUUCAUGGUACCGAGAGCAUGGGUCUUGGUACGAGCACCUUCUUGGAAGGCACGCCUGCUAGUCGCUCUGCAAUUCAGCGCCGCCAAAGCGAAACAGAGAAUCAACCACAAUCCAACGGUGGCAUUCAACGUACAAAGAGCUUGGCCAAUAGAUUCAAGGGUAUCAAUCGGACCGGGACCGUCAGAGUAAGUUCGCCAGAGUCAAUGCAAACUAGCCCAUCUAGUGCAGGCCCUACCGUCGGAUCCAGUCGGGCAAAUGAGAGGAAUCCGUUCUUCCAGGACUACGACGAGGCCUACGACACCAAGGGAGUUAAAAUCGAAGAGACUGUAAUUUCUGGCCGGCUCCGGGCAUCUAGCAGCCCGAGAAGGACGGGUGCACUAGAGAGGAACGCUACGAAUGGAUCAAUUGGUGCAGAUGAGAUCAGACAGAAUGGAGGUGGUUUCAUGAAUCGGAUGAAGAGUUUGAGGCGACCCCGGCCUGAAAGGCCUGAGAGAAGGCUAACUAUCUGUUUAAUAUCAAAAUUGGAAGCAUUUCAUGAAGAUAUGAUGGGUGUCUUGUCAAGGGUCGGUUUUGACGUCAACAAUCUGCUGAAUACACAUACAGCGACAAACAUUAUAAUGACCACAUCCCAAAACGAAGACAUCUACACCAGCCGCCCAGCAUUCCCCGUUCUUGCAUCGACACUCGUACCUCCUCCGCUUGCAAUAUGGAGACCUCAACCUCCAGCAGAACAAAGGGCGAACCUAACAACAACAUGGAAUUUAGAGCCAUCCUUAUCCAACGCAUUCUCUAGUUUGUCGAGACAUGAUCAUCGCAACGAAAACCAAGGUUCCGAGCGUUUGCUCCGGUGCGGGAUCAUAAUUGGGCUCUCGUACUUGAGAGAGUGGUGGGAGGUUGGCGAUUCCGAGUCGGACUCGCAACUCAGAGAUUUGCUUGGUGAUAUUUCUAGGAGAUUGCUUGCAUCCUCUCUUCGGGGGUUCUCUUUACCACCUGAAGAACAGCAGCAGCAACGACAACAACCAGCAGGCUAUGAAGCAACAACACCGACAAGGGUGUUUAUCAUUCAUCCUGUGCAUUCUACUACUUUUGCGCCGGAGACACUGUUUGACAGUCUUGUGGCCAUCAAAAAGAGCAGUCUAGAUAACGAUGAGGCAGACACGACAGACCCAAUAUCACAAGCGCAGGCACUCCACCUCCUGGAUCAAGUCGAAUUACUCCCGGUUCACGAUUUCGCUUCUGCCACGCAAGCUAUCAGCCAAGUAUCUGACGCACUAUCCAAGAUCUAUCGAUCAUAUCAAGAACAACAGCUCAUACUAAGCAACGACGACGACAAGGAUGAUCAUGACAGAAACGAUGAUCCACCCACAACACUGCUCAUAAUCGAAGGCCUAGAUACAAUGACCGAAAGCAUAAUCCACAACUCCAACGCCAUGCGCGGAAGUGCAGUUCUGACACCUGCUUUGAGGACAUUGACUCAUUUGUCGCGCACGCAUGCUUCUUUUCUGUCCGUCCUGCUCGUCAAUACGAUAGCUUUGGGGCCGGGUAUGCCUCCAGCAGCAGCGUCGCAGCCAUCAUCGACAGACCUGGCAGGAAUCGCAUCUCAAAGUCCGCUGACGACAUCAACGUCAACGUCAACAGGGGGUCUGUACUCUGUAUUUUCGCGGGAACGCCCUAUGCGGCAAAAGCAUGCAGGCUUGUCCCAAAACGAACCGGAGAAUAAUGAGCCGCUUCCAUUGCUCAAUACGCUUCUGUCAAGGACUCUAGAUCAAGGCAUUGAUACGCAUCUGCUGCUUCAAGGUAGGAGAAGGAGUCAGACUCUUGUUGAAGUCAUCAAGGAUCGUACGGGUGAUGGGUUGGGGAGGUGGUGUGUAUGGAAGUAG